AGUGGAUACAGGAAAUUAGUUUAAAGCGUAUACUAAGUAGAACGUCAUUAUAUACAGUCUACAUUUUUUGUCGUAUUUUUUAAGAGAAACAGGCUGACAGGUAGAAUUUUGUUUCUCCCAGUCUCUGGCCCACACUCCAGUACAGUAGGCGGCGGUAAUGCACCAUAACGUUGGAUGCCAACGAACCCCACCGAAGAAGAUGCCAUAGGAACGGGCCGCAGAACUCAGACAAGUCAGGGGACAUGUGUAGACAAGUACAGUUGUCAGCACACUUUACAGCCUGGUUUCCAUACAAAGGUGAUGUCAUUUCUGCUGUUGUCAGAUUAGUAGUUUAAACAGAAUACUUACAGACAACACAGCAGCAGACAGUUGUAGUUCCAUCAUGGCGGAGCAUAUGUUUUCCCUCAUGAGUCUCGAAGACGAACUGAGCUGUAGCAUCUGCCUCUGUGCUUUCGACUGUCCGGUGACAAUUCCAUGUGGACACAACUUUUGCCAAGCGUGUCUCCUAGAAACAUGGAAAGACAACUACAGCUGUCCACAAUGCCGGACCCACUUCACCACCAAACCAGUGCUGAAGAAGAACACCGUCCUCAGCGCUGUUGUGGAAACGUUCAAAAUGAAGUCGAAUAAAAGCGACCUCCCCAAUGAGAUGGGCGACUUAAUCAAGUGGGAUGCGGUCAAGAUGGAGCCCAAAGAGGUGGUUAUCUUGUGCGACACCUGUAUGGAAGCCAAAGCAUUCAAGACCUGCCUCACCUGUAUGGCGUCAUUCUGCCUUGAGCACGUGAGGCCUCAUCAUGAGAACCCAGUGUUUGGCGCGCAUCAGCUGAACGAGCCUCUGGGCGACUUGUGCGACCGUAUCUGCCCCGACCACCACAAGCUAAUGGAAUUCUAUUGUGUCCAACAUGGCCGCUGUAUCUGUGGUGUCUGUCUGCAGCAGGUGCAUAAAGGAUGUACCUUCUCCAACCCUGAUGAACAACGGGCACUGCAAGAGUCUGAUUUGAGGGGCAAGUUGAGUCUGCUGGAUGGAAAGAUUGACAAGAACCAGACGGUCAUCUCUCAGAUGAGUGACCAGCAGAGCAAGUUGAAGGACUCUGCAGCCAGCAGGAAGAGAGCGCUAGAGGAUGACUACCGCCAAAUCCGGGAGCUGCUGGACCGUGACGAGCGUGAGGCUCUGAACACUGUGGACCGCGAGCAGGAGAGCGGUCAGACCAAACUCCAGAACCUCAUAAAGAAGUUCAACCAGAACAUUGUGAAGCUUAGCGCAGCAAAAGAUGGCGUCAACAGCCUGCUCAGUCGGACUCAGACCGUGGCUUUCCUACAGGCCUCAGUUGACAUGCCGGCAGUGGUGGCCUUUGACCCCUAUACCCCGAAGGUGAACCUGGACUCUAAGGCCUUGGCAGCCUGUCAUGCCUACUCUGCAGUCCUGAGGGAGCAUCUCACACAUGUACUGAAACAGCCUGUAGAGGCCAGACUGCAGAUACUCAAACCAGCUGAGAGGUUUGCUCCUCUGCUGCCAAACUUCUAUGAAAUGGGAGGCAUGCCACCACAAGGUCAUCCGAGAAUGCCUAGAUCCCACAGCCCAGGAGCUCCCCUCAGGGCAAACCAGAAGAAGCCUCCACAAGAUUCAAACCGAGAGAGAAAGUCGGACAAGAAACGAGAUCACAAGGAAUGGAAAGAACAUAAGGCUGACAAGACACAAAUGGUUCAUCGGACUCUGGAAAAUUCACAAAAGCCAGCUAAUGCUCCCAGAGAGUCCGCCACUCCUGUUCCACACACACCAAGGGACCACCCCAGAGGACAAUCAGCAGAACCCAGACCCAGGAACAUGGAGGACCGAGGACAAGCAAGUGUUCCCCCAAGUAUCACGUCUGCAGCGAAACGAAAUGACCUUCUACGAUAUGGCACCGUUCUCACCCUUGACCCCAAAACUGCCCACAAGCGCAUCUCCCUGACAGAGAACAUGACCAUGGCCUCUGUGUCAGACGAGCCCACCCAUUACCCCGAUGGCCCCGCCCGCUUCUCCGUCUGCAGCCAGGUGCUCACUUCCAAGGGCUUCUCCCGCGGCCGUCAUUACUGGGAGGUCAAGAUGAGGAGCAACAACUUCACCGGCAUCGGCCUGGCCUACAACAGCAUCGACCGGAAGGGUCCGGCUAGCCGGCUGGGGCGUAACGCCCAGUCCUGGUGCGUGGAGUGGUUCAACGUCAAGCUGUCGGCCUGGCACGCCAGCAGUGAGACUGUACUGCAGAACCCGAAUCCGAUCUGCGUCGGCGUGCUUUUGGAUUGUGAGGAGGGAACGGCCACUUUCUAUAACGUUCAGGACCGGGCAUACCCUUUCCAUACGUUUGUGUUCCAGUUCGCCGAGGCAGUGUACCCGGCAUUCUGGCUCUUCUCCAGCGGCUCGUCUGUUAGCCUGUGCAAGCUGCAGUCUUAAGAAGUUAACACAACAAACACACACACAUUGUUCUCCCUCGCAAAUAAUUAUAAUGUACAGCAUCUGGGUCAAUAAAUUACUUAAUCAUACUGAUGUUGGAAAUGUACAUUAAAGGUUAUUAUUUGGUUGUAGUCACUGGCUUUAGUAAUAAUGCAGUGUAGGUAAUCCUUUUGGACUUUGGUCUCUUGUAACUACAGCAACCUCCUAAACCUGCAGCAUUUAUUAAUCACUAUCUGAUGAAGACUAAGCACUUCCAUACAGGUAAAGAAACAUUACAAAUGAUUAUACAUGUCUUGAUCAGCCAGUUUUAUCAGAGCUUAUGAUCUCUUGGUAGUACACAGUAAUCACAUGUAAAAUACACAAAAGAACAUGAAUAACAUGUAUGUUAUCUACUGUAUAUGAACAGUACCACACCGUUCAGAAGGCCAUGUACUGGCACACAUGCAAUGCUUUUGCUGGUGUCAGGCAUUCCGCAUUAGGGAAUGUCAUAUUCAAUAACACCACUGGAUAUAGAAGCAAUGAAUAGAGCAGAAAAGCAUCCGCAAUAUGCUUGAUACCCCCACAGGAAAAGUGGGUAUCGUUCACUGUUUUCUUGAUCUAAUACAUUUUCGCUCGUGUUUCACACAGCCUGUAAAGUGAAGGGGGUUUCCGCAUGGUGCAGUGUGCUGAAAGCACUUCCUGACACUGCUACUACAGGCUUGAUAGAACCUAGCCUGGUUGCCAGAUCUGCAUUUGGUUGAGAAUUACAGUGAACAAGGCAGAGGAUUUAGUUGAUCUGGCAACCAGGCUAGAUAGACCCAGCCUGGCCCAUAAGAACAAGCAGAGGUCAUUUAGACCCUGUAAACAGAAGUAUUUCCAAAUCUUGGUUUUGUAAAUAGUGAUGAUUUUAGGGCUGGUGUUUUGCCUGUCCAUGUGACCAGACAAAGGAAAAACUCUGGGUCCAAGUUAUAGCUAAUGUAGUUAUAGCCCAUACCUAGGGCCUUCUCAUGUAGAAGGGUACAUAUGUCUGUUGGUGUUAGUUUGGACAUCUGUGUAUGUGGGUGUCACAUUGUCUGUGAUGUGACUGCAUGCUUCUCAUAAUGUCUGUAUUGUCGAUUAGAUCUUUUCCAUUUAUGGAUAUAUAGCCAUCGCUACGAUCGGAGAGCAAGUUGAGAAGAGCACGUGAUAGAUUAAUUUUACUUUGCAAAGCCCAAUGCCAAAUGGAACAGUUAGUGUAAUUGCCUUCUCCCUCUAUAGAAUUGAUUCUGUUUGUGUAUAAGGGGUUUAAUCUUGUUAAAGACAACUUGAUAAUGUCCCCUCAUGAUGUACUAUUAUAAGCAAUCUGUGCUAAUAUA